ACCUAGUUGAUCAUUAGUUGAAAAAAUGGAGUCUUUUUCUGUGUAUAUGUGUGUGUUUGUUGGUUUCUCCCUUUUUUAAGAAUACCCAUUUGGUUAAUUAUGUGAAAUUUUGUGUCUUUGUUGGUCAAUGCGAGAAUUCUUGGUUAACUCUUUUCUGGGUGUUUGCAAAAUUUCCAUCUUGUUAUCUUGGAUUAAAGUGUUAGUUGGAUCAAUAGUUUUUAGAUUUUGGUGUUUUCUUGAAUGUACUAGUUGGGGUUGGGAACUGGCUGAUCAUAAGUUGAAAAUUGGAUUCUUUUUCUGUGUAUAUGUGUGUUUAUUGGUUUCUCCCUUUUUAAGAAUACCCAUUUGGUUAAUUAUGUAAAAUUUUGUGUCUUUGUUGGUUUAUCUGAGAAUUCUUGGUUAACUCUUUUCUGGGUGUUUGCAAAAAUUCCAUCUUGUUGUGUUGGACUAAAGUGUUACUUGGAUCAAUAGUUUAAGUUAUUUUGUGUUUUCUUGAAUGUACUAGGGUGUGGCUAGUUGAUCAUUAGUUGAAAUAAAUGGAGUCUUUUUCUGUGUGUAUGUAUGUGUUUGUUGGUUUCUCCCUUUUUUAAGAAUACCCAUCUGGUUAAUUAUGUAAAAUUUUGUGUCUUUGUUUGGUUAUCUGAGAAUUCUUGGUUAAGUCUUUUCUGGGUGUUUGCAAAAAUUCCGUCUUGUUAUCUUGGACUAAAGUGUUGGUUGAAUCAAUAGUGUAAGCUAUUUUGUGUUUUAUUGAAUGUAUUAGAGUGUACCUAGUUGAUCAUCAGUUGAAAAAGAACAUGAAGUCUUUUUCUGUGUGUAUGUGUGUGUUUGUUGGUUUCUCCCUUUUUUAAGAAUAUCCAUUUGGUUAAUGAUGUGAAGUUUUGUAUCUUUGUUGGUUUAUCUGAGAUUUCUUGGUUAAGUCUUUUCUGGGUGUUUGCAAAAUUUCCAUCUUGUUAUCUUGGAUUAAAGUGUUAGUUGGAUCAAUAGUUUUUAGAUUUUUGUGUUUCUUGAAUGUACUAAUUGGGGUUGGGAACUGGCUGAUCAUAAGUUGAAAAUUGGAGUCUUUUUCUGUGUAUAUGUGUGUGUUUGUUGGUUUGUUUGAGAAUUCUUGUUUAAGUUUUCUCUGGGUAUUUGUAAAAUUUUCUCCUUUUAUUAUUGGAAUAGGUGAUAUAUGGAUCAGUAGUGGAAGUGUUUUGUGCUUCUUGAAUGCAUUGAGCUUGAGUGUCUAAUUGAAAAUUGGGGUUUAUUUGGGGAAGAGUUGAUAAAAGAUUGGAUCUUUUGUGGGUAUUUGCCAAAUUUCCAUCUUGUUAUCUUGGACUGAACUGUUACUUGGAUCAAUAGUGUAAGCUAUUUUGUGUUUUCUUGAAUGUGCUAGUGUGUGCCUAGUUGAUCAUUAGUUGAAAAAUUGGAGUCUUUUUCUGUGUAUAUGUGUGUUGGUUUCUUUGAGAAUUCUUGUUCAAGCUUUUUCUGGGUAUUUGUAAAUAUUUUCACCUUUUGUUAUUUUUGAUGAAGUAUUUUCACCUUUUGUUAUUAUAACAGCUGAUACAUGGAUCAGUACUGUUAAAGUGUUAUGUGCUUCUUGAAUGCAUUGAGCUUUUUCUGGUUGUGCAUAGAGUGCCUAAUUGGGAUUGGAACCGGGUUUGUAAUAACUUGAAAACCGGGGUUUAUUUGGGAAGAGUUGAUUGAAAGAUUGGAUCUUGGUUGGUGAAAGCCAAUACCUAUUUCAACUUUUUCCCCAAUUAAUCAAUUGGAACUGUAUAUCAGAAGAAAAGAAUUAGAAAAACAGAAGUCCACCAAUGAACAGUCAUUAUCUAUUGGCAUGUCAAAUUGUCCAUCAAAGUUUCAGUACAGUUUUCUGAUAUCUCAUACCCAUUUUGAUCCAAGGGUAAACUAGUUUUGCUCUAAUAUAGAAAGAUUCUCAUGGGGAUGAAAAUGCACAUUUUAAGGCUCUUCAGAUUUAUGGUAGUCUCCUAAUACCUAGGACUUUUUAUGUCACACAACAAGCUACUAUGCCUGGAAAAACAGAUAAAGAUAUGCAUAAAGCAGUUGCGCGCUCAUCACAAGUAAAAAAUGUGUUGAGAAGAUUAGAGAAAACGAGAUCGAAGCUGAAAUCAAAAUCUCAUGGAAGGGCUACUCAUGCAUCUUCGUCAAAGAGAACAGCUGCUGGUGAAGGUAAGGAGAAGUGCUGUUCUGGAAAAAACAUACUCAAGAAAGAAAUUCCGCAAAAAGCUAAAUCGUCGAAGUUAGAACAUGACAACGUGGAUAUUGGGUCUGAAAAGUUAAAGAGAAGGAGAAGAAAAAGGAGAAGAAAACGUAAUGAAGAUCCAGAUGAUGUUUCACGUUUACAAAGGAGAACAAGAUACCUCUUGAUCAAGAUGAAGCUAGAGCAGAAUCUUAUUGAUGCUUAUUCUGCAGAAGGCUGGAAAGGUCAGAGUCGAGAAAAAAUUAGGCCAGAAAGAGAACUACAAAGAGCGAAGAAGCAAAUAUUAAAAUGCAAGCUUGGAAUAAGGGAGAUGGUUCACCGGCUGGAUUUGCUUAGCUCUGCUGGGCAGAUUGACGAUUCUGCUAUUUCUCCAGAUGGAUCUGUCCAUCAUGAACAUAUUAUCUGUGCCAAAUGCAAAUUGCAGGAAGCUUUCCCUGACAAUGAUAUCAUACUUUGUGAUGGUACAUGCAACUGCGCCUUCCAUCAAAAAUGUAUUGAUCCUCCACUAUCAACGGAAAAUAUACCGCCGGGUGAUGAAGGAUGGUUUUGCAAAUUUUGCAAGUGUAAAAUGGAAAUAAUAGAAGCAACAAAUGCUCAUCUUGGCACCCACUUUGCUGUGGACUGUAAUUGGGAGGAUAUCUUUAAGGAAGAAGCUCUUCUGCCCGAAGAUGGGGAGUCAUCGGUAUGCCCAGAACAAGACUGGCCAUCUGAUGACUCCAAAGAUGAUGACUAUGAUCCCGAAAAAGUUGCGAAUAGUCACAGUAGUAGUACUGAUAGCUUUGAGAGUGAUUCUUCCGGUGAAGCAAGCAGUGGAAGCAUAUUUGGAUCACUUGAGGAUGAAUUGUUAGCUUUAACAGGAAAGCCAGAAGACGGAAGCGGUGGAAAAGAUUAUUUGUCUGAACAAAUUGCUAGGAUGGAUUAUGAGGAAACUGACUUCGAAGUUCUAUCUGGCCCCAGACUGAGAAAAGCUGUUGAUUACAUCAAGUUAAAUGAUGAAAUGUUUGGAAAGCAUGCUCCUGGGAUUGAGCAAAAUAGUGAAGACGAAGAUUGGGGUCCAGGUAAAAGAAAGCGUAGACGGAAGGAGUCUGAAUCAGAUGCUGCAAGCACCCUUAUAACCCUCUUUGAAAGUGAGAGAAGUUGUCCAGAAAAAAUAGCGAAUGAAGUGGAAAAAGAGUCUUGUGGUAGACCAGCCAAGAGAGAAAUAUUUAGGAUUCCUCCUGAUGCAGUCGAGGAACUUCGCCGUGUAUUUGCUGAGAAUGAACUUCCAUCUAGAGAAGUGCGGGUGAACCUCUCCAAGCAGCUGGGUAUUGAAUAUGAGAAGGUGAACAAAUGGUUCAAGAAUGCACGGUAUAUGGCCCUUAAAGCUAGAAAGGUAAGGAUUGAACCUGCAGAUCAUAUUUUGUCAAGUGAUGCAGAAGAAAAUGUAGCCACGGCACCUAAAGAUCUUGCGAAAUCACCUAAUGAAGAAACUGCCAACUUGGUGAUCCGUCCUUCCAAGAAAAAGCAUAACAAAAAAGCAGUAAAACCGUCAACAGACAAAGUAGAGACACUUGUAGAAUUUGGCGAUGACGUGAGCCUGAAACUACUGCGAGAGAGGGCAAAAAAAGAAAGGAGAAAACUCAAUUCCAAGGAAAGGGAAAGAAUACAAGAAGCUGAAGCUGAGAUGCAAAAGCUUUGUCGGAUCAAGGACAAAAUAGCGAGACUCCAGGACUUUUUACUAAGGUUUCCAAGUCGCAGAGGUAGAAGAGCGGAAGCUUCUAGUUUAGAUGAAACAUUGGUUGUCUUUGUACCUGUUGCAGAGUUAAAGGAGAAAAGGUGCAAUGCUCGAAGUGCAAACUCGAAAUCUGGGUACAUGAGUAUCUUGCAGUAUUCAAAAUUUUGAAUGUAAUGUGACCUCUUAGAUACAAGUAGGUCUUCUCGAAGUGCAAACUCGAAAUGUGGGUACAUGAGUAUCUUGCAGUAUUCAAAAUUUUGAAUGUAAUGUGACCUCUUAGAUACAAGUAGGUCUUCGCAAUGUACCUUGUUUUCUACUGUGAAGUUGGACAAAUAUUUGUUAUCUGCAAAAUGAUGCUAAGUAAUAGUAUUGUCAAUCGUCACUCAUAUUUAUUAAGU